AUGGGAUGUUUUAAAUUACUAGUAGUUCUUCUGGAUGUUGCGCUAAUUACGGAAUGUAUUAGUUUCUUGCAUAAUGCUUGGAUUUUUACCACGUCAACAACUCAAAAACCUGGCUGUUUCAUUCACAGAGAUCAACAAUUACAUAUCAUUAUGGAUCGAGUAUGCGAAAUUUGCCAUGAAAUGUAUUCACAUCAAUAUCCCAACACCAGAGCUAACUGCAGAUCAAACUGCUUCCGAAGCAAACACUUUCAGUCAUGUCUGGAACAUUUUCGACCAAUGACUCCGUACGGUUAA